AUGCACCAAGCCGGAAACAUAAACGAUCAAGCUGGACGAUCCUCAAAUUCUGAUGGGAAUGCAUCGGACGACGGACAUCCACCAGCGCUGACACCAAUCUUGUUGAAGUCGUAUUUGAAAAAUAGUGACGCAAAGUCACAUCUGACUCUAUCCAAUGCACAUUCUAUGCCAGCGGUUGGACUCGGAACGUGGCAGUCAAAUGCAGAAGACGUGAUUUCAGCGGUCAAAGCAGCAGUGAAAAAUGGAUACAGUUUGAUCGAUACGGCAUCUGGCUACAACAACGAAGAAUUCAUUGGAACUGCUAUCAAGGAAGUGAUUGCAGAAGGCGUCGUGAAGAGAGAAGACUUGUUCAUCACUACAAAGGUACCAAAUUUAUUCUCUAGCUUACGAUUAGUUAGUUUAUAG